AGAGGAGAAAGUGGCUGGAGAAAGCAGACAGAAAACGGAGUGAAAUCACAUUUUGGAGCCAUAGAAGCACUUUACAGGCUGCCUCCCGACUUUCACUUUCUCUCCUCCUCGUCCUCCCAUCAUCAGUCGUCCUCCUCUCCAGGUUUAGAACACGCCGACCUCUCACCCACCCUGGCACCACCCCUUUUUGAUCACCCCUUUCUUCACAACCACCACUACUUUCCUCUCUAAUUGCAUUUACUGGCAAAGGACGAGGGAGUCAAACUCUUUCUACUUUCACCCGUUUCACACCAUGCACUACACAAUAUUCUAGUUGUUUGGCAAUACAUUUAAAAUACAUGUGCAGAGCAAGUUGUAGUUCAGUGACAUAAACCCACAUGCAGCCCAGAGUAGACGGAAACGAGGAAGCGACGAGGUACAGAGAAAUGUACAUGGGCUUCUACUUCAUAUUCAAUUGAAUCAAACAAGUGCCACUGAUCGUGAGACGAAAAUAGUCACGAGCCGACGAAAGAGGGGAAUAAUUGUUUCCGAUCAUUUUUUGAUUAAUUGUUCCCGAACCCGACAAUAAUAUUCAUACAACGUAAACCUAAUCAAAGUACCUUACUUCGACUCUAUGCAAAUUACUUUCUCCUCGCAACACAAACAUUAAAUACACAGCAGCUGCAAACACACACAUUAAAGAGUUGACGACAUCACGCACACCACAUGCAUCGUGUAUGGAAUAUCGUAUACCACGUUUGGUCUGGAAACUGAAUAAUGGUCAAGUAGUGGAGGUGCAUCAUCAUCCAAGCAAGACAUAAGCUCAUCGCUUGGAGACAACAGGUGUUCCCCACACCUUGGGAUAAUCUCCUUAUCGUCCUACUAACUAACUAGCUACUGAGACCAGUAGUGAGGGAGGAGGUCAUCCCAACAACCCCGACGAGAACUCCUGCUGGGCCAGACGAAACCCCUCUCUCGUCACCAAAAUGGCAAACAUGGCACAGCUCACGCGGCGACAGAGCUCGCGAGAGCUCUAUCGUCAGAAAUCUUACGAUCGGAUGGAACUGCGCGAAGUACGCGGACGGUUGUUGAGCAGUGACUCGGCUCCAGGGCAUUCCGCCAACUAUGGUGCCGUCAACCCCGGCUUCACAAAGGAUGACGCCGUCACCAACUUGAUCUCCAAGUCUGAGCCUAGCGUGGGUGGACCCUUGGAGGAGAAGGCCAAGAGGGACACGGUGGUAACGAAGGAAGGGAAGGGAGUGACGGCAGUGGUGGCCAUCGACGCAGCCUUGCCCCCUGGCGCCAAGAAGCCCCCCACCGAAGACGUAUUUCAGGAUGAAGGGGAGGAGCGCGAGAGUUGGGACUCCAAACUCACCUUCCUCCUCGCGACCAUUGGCUAUGCCGUGGGUCUUGGAAAUGUGUGGCGAUUUCCCUAUUUGGCACAGAAGAACGGGGGAGGUGCGUUUUUAAUACCCUACUUCAUCAUGCUGGCCAUCGAGGGGAUUCCCAUGUUCUUCCUGGAGUUGGCCAUUGGUCAGCGGUUGAGGAAGGGGGCGAUUGGAGUGUGGAGUCAGGUGUCACCCUACUUGGCCGGAGUGGGCAUUGCUUCUGCCGUCGUCUCCUAUAACGUGGCGUUGUACUACAACACUAUCAUUAGUUGGUGUCUAAUCUACUUCAUGAAGAGUUUCCAAAGUCCUUUGCCAUGGUCGGCAUGCCCUCCAGCCAAGGAUGGGAGUGGCAUUAAUCGGGAGUGUAAUAUGAGUUCACCCACGCAGUAUUUCUGGUAUCGAGAAACGCUGGACAUUUCUCCGGACAUCAACACGUCGGAAACAUUUAACCUGCAAAUUGCGGGAUCACUCACGGCUGCGUGGACUCUGGUGUGGUUGUGUCUGGCAAAAGGACUCGCGUCCAGUCCAAAGUUGGUCUAUGUCACUGCACUCUUUCCAUACUGCGUACUCAUCCUGUUCUUCUGUCGAGGAGUGACGCUGGAGGGGAUGAGCGACGGCAUUCUGCAUCUCUUCACCCCAAAGUGGGAAAAGCUGGCAGAUCCUGUCGUAUGGUUGGAAGCUGGGACUCAAAUAUUCUUCUCGUUGGGUCUCGGAUUCGGAGGUCUCAUUGCCUUCGCGUCCUACAACCCCGUCAACAACAACUGCUGUCGAGAUGCUCUAAUUGUGAGCAUGACCAACUGCAUGACCUCCAUGUUUGCUGGAAUUGUCAUAUUCUCCGUGAUUGGCUUUAAGGCGCAUACGAUUCACAAAGCCUGUUUGGCAAAGCAGGACAAUCGGACGUUGCUCAUGCUGUUCAACACCACGCAGCCAGACUACGCCCUCCCUGGGGCGGGGGAGAGCGUCUCUUACUGGGCCAACCACUCGCAACUUACCAUCCCCAUGCCAAACAUCACCGUUUGCAAUCUCCAGGAUGAGUUGGACAAGACAGCCUCCGGGCCUGGGCUGGCUUUCAUCAUAUUCACGGACGCCAUCAACCAGUUCAGCUAUGCUCCCUUCUGGUCCAUCCUCUUUUUCUCCAUGCUGUUCACCCUCGGAAUCGACUCGCAGUUUGGGACGUUGGAAGGGGUCGUCACAUCCAUCACGGACCUGAAGCUGUUUCCCAACAUGAGGAAAGAAGUGCUCACAGGGAUCUUGUGCGGGUCAUGUUUGGGACUCUCCAUGAUGUUUGCACAUGGGGCGGGCAAUUACAUCUUCAUCCUGUUUGACUCCUUCAGUGGAAACGUGCCCCUGCUCAUCAUCGCGUUUUUCGAGGUCAUUGGGGUGGCCUACAUCUACGGGCUGAGCAGGUUUGCGGAGGACAUUCAACUCAUGACUGGCAAGAGACCGCACAUUUACUGGAUGAUCUGUUGGAAGUACGUGUCCCCGAGUGCCAUGGUCAUCAUACUCACCGCCAGCUGGAUCAAAAUCUUCACCGAGGGGAGUACGUAUCCGAGAUGGGACGCUUCCGUUGGGGAGGCAAAGGUUGCCGAGUGGCCGACGUGGGCACUGGCCAUUGCCGUCUUCCUCGUCCUUAUCGCCACCAUUUGGAUACCACUCAUUGCCAUCACGAGGGCGCUGGGAAUUCAAAUAAUGCCGAAGGAAGAGGCCUCAUGGUUUCCAGCCAACGACCUGCGAGACUUUCAUGGAAUUGUGGCCUACGAGCCGUCCCCUCUGGAGAGGAUGCUCUUCGGCUUCCGAGAGGAUGGGACGGAAGGGGUCUGCUUCCCCACGAAAGUGGGCGGGGCGGAACACGAGGACGACGACGACGACCCCCUCACAUAACAAACUCCGAAGUCUGUCCCCUCUCCGCAUGGUGGCCCUCAUAACUCCAAACUUUAAGUGGUGACGUCGCCAUGAUCAUGAUCCUCCAUAGAUUUCUAAAAGUGCAACGUCUCAGUACUCACUGGCGCUACUUGUUAUGAACGUGAUUCGCUCAUUAGUUUGGACGUUACUUUCGUAUUUGACCUGCUUGUGUCGAUCAUAUCUUAAAAAUUAGAGUAUGAUUUAAUAGUAAAGGCGGAAAAGGAGAAAAGCGAGAGACAGAAAGCAUUGCGCCUGCUUGCUUUCUUUUCAUCAGUCCUUGAGUUCUCAGUCAGCAUAUAUAUCUCUUGAAAACAGUGUUUCCAAACACAUGUAUGCAAUGACCCCUAUUUUCAGUUAGUUUUAUGCGACUUGAGAAUAUUUUAGAUGUGGGCAAAGAAUGCAACUAUUUUUACGGAUCGCACUUGGAGCUAUACAGACGUAAAUCUAUAAGUAGAUAGAACAACACAAAGCUGUUCAUUUUAUUGCAUAGUCUGAAAUCAUUCAACUCCAAAAAUCUGAAAUGUCCAAGAAUACCGAAUACUUAGUGAGUGAUCAAACACGUAGUUAUUCUCAGUCUCAGUCCUACGUAGAGAGAAAAUAAGUAAGAAAUGAAAUGAAACGAGCAACUUUAAUGGGACAAUAUUUUCAGUGGCAGGCGAAGAUGACUUCUUAUCUUAUAUGUACACACGCAGGGGGUUGACAAAAGGUGCCAACUGAAUAUGAGUAGUAAGUAGUACAGAUAAGUGCAGUAUUAGAAUUUGAAUUGUGUACAUACUGUCGUCGUCGACACAUGUUAAUUUUAAACCGUGUGCACGGCAUCCCACGCCACAAGAAGGGCUGCAUGUGUAUGUUGGAUCUAUAGGGUACCCAAGAAAAUAGUUACUACAGGUCAAACUGCCCCUUCCACUGCAGGCUAUGAAAUAAUACGCCGUCGUCUUUGUCUCUUGCUGAUUAAGACAAAUCUUGAUGUGAUAGAAUUCACCACAAAAACAAAAUACACAAACUUUAGACAAACAACAAUAAUUCCUAUUGCACUGAGCAGCAAUUAGCAGUAGUAAAAUAGUAGCAAUAUAUAGCACCCACUACCCACCAUACAUAAUUCAUAGCACUCACUAAACAAGGCGUACAUCAACCCCAGGAAUGCGCCACGUGCUGCUUGCCCAAGAUAUCAAUAAAGGAAUGGGAAAGUAGGACACGGAGCUAUUAGUCGAAACCCUAAUUAAUUGUGAUGAAGUCUAGUUGGUGGUGAGGAUAAAAAAGAGCGUGGAAGAAAAGUAGUAGGAAAAAGUAGAUGGAAAAAGUAGUUGGAAAUCUUAGCUGGUAAAAAUAACAAAAGUAACAAUCAAAUCAUCCCAAGUACCAUGUAAUACAGAAUGACUUGUAAUACACGUCACGCAGUGUAAUAUAUAAGUGUGCCUUUGUUUUAAGGAAAUGACGAGUUCAACCUUCUCAUAAUUACCAAUUAGUUCUAUAUGUGAUCAAUAACAGGCGAUUAGUAUGUACCAUCUAAAUAUUUGUUGCUUCAAGGAACUUGCUUGUCAAUGAUGAUACCCAAUAAGUUUCCGAAAAAUGGUACCGAGUAUCAAACAUGUUUUACUUCCAUUCUCGUUAUUUUGCUAUUAUCUUAACCAAAAUGUCAUGUUACACAACACAAUAACAUGGUGCUUCUGAUGAUGCUCACGCAUGCAUAAGUAGAAAAUAUACACAGACAUGUAUUCUUCAGUCUUCAUGUUGCGUUUUUGCAUAUUUCCUUGAGUUCUGUCUGGUGCUUUGAUAAGUCGACAAUGUGUGUGAUAGCGGACAAUAAUAAAUAUCAUAAUACUGACUUGA